AUGACGUUUGCACAUUUUUGCACAUUAGCCGGUCUAACAAGCAAUGAAGCGUAUCAGAUGUUGCACCACGUUAGAAAGUUAAAUCAAAAUGUAGUGUAUGUUCUAACGGAUUUACGUGGCGAUAAUUUGCCGACAGACCGUGAAGAUUUACUUCAUUUUAUCAGCUAUCGAUGUAAUGUCGCGGAAUAUCCCGACUUAGAGGAAGCUCAUUGUAAUAAAACACUUACUCUUGAUGGCAAAUGGAUUUUUAAACCAAACGCAUCUUUAGAAACUCAUCUCUAUAAUACAUCCCACCGUAAUGCAUCUAUAAACAAUUUUGUAGAUUUACUAGCUGACCGUCUUAGUGAAUGCGGUUAUGACAUUAGUGUUGCUGAAGAUUGCCCUUUUAUUGAUUCAAAAAUCACAGAAAAUAAUGAAGGCAAAGAAUUGCUUUUAAAUGUAUGUUCAAUCAAAAAAGUUCUGGAUACAGAAAAGUAUUCAAUGAUUGCUAAUGCUCCAGUUUUGAGUGAUAUCGAAGCUUCGGAUAUUCGAGAAUGCUUAGAAAGAGAAGAGGAUAUAGACCCAGCCUGGAGACUUGCUUUACAGAAAUACAAUCUAGCAUCUUUUUAUAAAAAGACCCCUGAAGAUAUAACUGAAGAUUUUGUUAAAAAAUAUUUCCAAAAAGAGAUGCGAAAUGCGUAUAGUACAUUAGUUCAAGCUGUAAACCCUCUUGAUGACUUACGUGAGAAUUAUAGAUUUAUGGUUAUUGGAGACUCACGAGAGAAGGCUUCUUGCGAUUCAUUAUUACCAAAAGUUAUUGCCUUAGAGGAGAUUUUACGAGGAAUAGGUUUUUCUUCGGGUAUUCAUACAUCUUAUACUUUAUCACGUCAAGAUUUUGAUAUUAAUUUACUGAACUUCCUACCAAUUUAUAAGAAAAAUGAGCGUCGUUACUAUGCAAUAUUUGGGAAAAAAUGGAGACCGCACGCUAACUAUAAUCUAAAGUAUUUUAUGGAAUUUCUUCUCAAACCACUAAAGGAAUUUAAAGUAUCAUUUUACCGAGAAAAAGAUCGUAGAAAUCAACUUACACACUUAAAACUUAAAAUAGAUGGAAAUCUAAAAAUGAUUCUUCCCGAUGCUUGUUUAAGCAAUAAUGUAAUCGUGGAUCCCCCAAAAUCAGAUCUCAAUUCUUCUCAAGAUAUAUGCCAUGUCAUCGAUAACACUAUUGGUGAA